AUGGCGUCACUGUACCAGAGAUUCUCCGGCAAGAUCAACACAAACAAAACCUUCCCCAACCCUCCGGAGGCGAGCCUCCUCCUCGGGCAAAGUGUGGACGGGGAGCGUGCGGUGGAGAGCCAGAGAGCCCGGCUUCAGUACCGGGAGCACUGCGAGGACGAGGAUGAGCUGGUGGGCAGUAACCCUCCGCAGAGGAACUGGAAGGGAAUAGCGAUCGCCCUCCUUGUCAUUCUGGUCAUCUGCUCGCUGAUCGUCACCUCCGUCAUCCUGUUGACACCAGGUGAAGAUGACCACUUGGCUCUGAAGGGCAAGGUGACUGUUGCAGACCUCUUUAGAAAAGACUUCAAGGUUCACGACCCUCACGCCAAAUGGAUAAGCAGUAAUGAGCUAUUAUACCGUAAUCGUGAAGGCGACGUCGUCAAGUUCAACGCCGACUCUGGUGAAAAGACCAUCUUGGUGCAUAACAAGAAGUUUGAAAUGUACAAAGCCAGCAAGUACGAGGUGUCUCCUGACAUGAAGCAUGUGCUGCUGGCCUACAACGUUGCACCGGUGUACCAGCACUCUUACACGGCCUUCUACAUCAUCUGCAGUCUUGAUACUCCGGCGACGUGGAACUUGAACCCUCCAGAGGUCAGAAAUGCUCAGCUGCAGUACGCGGGCUGGGGACCCCAGGACCAGCAACUGAUCUUCGUUUUUGAGAACAACAUCUACUAUCGCUCCAGGGUCGACAACCGCUCCAUUCGUCUGGUGUCUACUGGCAAGGAGGGCGUCAUCUUCAACGGGCUCAGUGAUUGGCUGUAUGAAGAGGAGAUUUUCCAGUCCCACAUCGCCCAUUGGUGGUCUCCAGAUGGUGCCAGGUUAGCGUACGCCACCAUCAAUGACACCCUGGUGCCCAGAAUGGAGCUGCCCAUGUUUACGGGCACACCGUACCCGAUGGGGAAAGAGUACCACUACCCUAAGGCCGGUGAGGAGAACCCAGUUAUCACUCUGUAUGUUGUGAACCUUAACGGCCCUCUUCACACCAUCGAGAUGAGGAGACCUGAUGAUCCCAGGAUGGGUGAGUACUACGUGACCAUGGUGAAAUGGGCCACCACCACCAAACUGGCCAUCAACUGGCUGAACAGAGCCCAGAACAUCUCUAUACUCACACUGUGUGAGGCCACAACGGGGGUCUGCACAAAGAAACAUGAGGAUGAAAGUGAAGGAUGGCUGCACAGACAGAAUGAGAAGCCUCUGUUUUCCAAAGAUGGGCUGAAGCUGUUCUUCACCCGUGCCAUUCCACAAGGAGGCAGGGGCAAGUUCUUCCACAUCUCCAUGUCCAUCUCCCAGCCCAACACCAGUACUGACACACUGCAGUCCAUCACAUCUGGAGACUGGGAUGUCACCCAAGUCUUGGCCUACAAUGAGGACAGCCAAUUGAUAUACUUCUUGAGCACUGAGGACGGUCCGAAACGAAGACAUUUGUACAGCGCGGACACCUUUGGUUCGUUCAACCGUCGCUGUCUGUCCUGUGCCUUGUACGACAGCUGUGACUACAUCAGCGGCUCCUUCAGCCACAACAUGAGCUAUUUCCUGCUAAACUGCCAAGGACGGGACAUCCCAUUCGUCUCCGUGUACAAGACGCAGAGAGACGGAGAGAGCGAGACGCAAGACAGGGAGAGCAUUGCAGAAGUACAUAAACUGGAGGGCAAUGAGAACCUGAGGCUGACCCUGGACUCCAUGCAGAUGCCCACCGUGGAAUACAAGGAGAUCAACAUGGAUGACUACACCUUGUCAAUGCAGAUCCUUAAACCCGCCGGCUUUGUGGACUCAGCACACUAUCCGCUGCUCCUGCUCGUCGAUGGGACACCUGGUGGUCAGAUGGUUGCAGAACAGUUCCACAUGGACUGGGCCACGGUGCUGGUGAGCAGCUUCGGUGCCAUCGUGGUGCGCUGUGAUGGACAAGGCAGCGGCUUCCAGGGCACCAACCUGCUGCACCGGAUCCAGAAGAAGCUGGGGGUGUACGAGGAGCAGGAUCAGAAGAACGCACUCAAUAUUCUUUUGAAAGAGCCCUACAUCGACAAAACCAGAGUUGGAGCUUUUGGGAAGGUGUAUGGAGGCUAUGUGACCAGCCUGUUGGUCAGUGGCGAGGAAUCCCCUGUGAAGUGUGGCGCUGUCCUCUCACCCAUCACCGACUUUGAAUUAUACGCAUCUGCCUUUUCAGAAAGAUAUCUUGGGCUGCCUAAACCUGAUCCAAGGGCGUACACAAUGGCAAAUUUAGCACACAGAGCGUCUCAGUUCAUGGAUAAGAAGUUUCUUAUUAUUCAUCCAACAGCUGAUGAAAAGGUCCAUUUCCAGCAUACAGCAAAAUUCAUCGCCCAGCUCAUAAAUGAGAAAGCCAACUAUACCUUACAGAUCUACCCAGAUGAAGGCCACUUCAUCCACAGUGAAGCAACAAGGCAACACCUCAGCCAGUCCCUGGUGAACUUCUUUGAGGAAUGCUUCAGGCUACCAGAACGAGUGUUUGAGGAGGCCCUGGAGGAGGAGAGUGAAGACGACGGUUAG